AUGUGCCACGAAGAAACCUGGACAACCGCACUACCAGUGGUCUUGUUAGGCUUACGGACGACUUUCAAACCAGACCUGGGGUCGUCAGCGGCAGAAACACUGGGCCUUCCUGGUGACUUUGUAGACGCUGAUGCCACAGAGACAGUGUCUACUGGCCAGCCGGAUUUCUUGCGACGAUUGAGGGACCAUGUAUCAAAGAUUCGCCCUCCGAAAGCCACACGUCAUGGCAAGCCGCCCACUUUCCUGCACCAGGACCUGGAACAAUGUCGUCACGUCAUGCUCCGCACUGAGGGCGUUAAACCGCCUCUACAAGCUCCUUAUUCUGGUCCAUAUGAAGUGCUACGGCGCGGUGCCCACACCAUGGAUAUCUUAGUGAACGGCGAAACUACGAAUGUCGCGUUGAAUCGGGUUAAACCUGCGUAUGUUUUUCCUGACACCCCACUAGCGGCACCUCGUCGCAGGCAUUCACCUACCGCUGUUCCAGACACUGACGCCACAUCUCCGGCGCCGGCUCUUCAACAUCCGCCGCCCAACGCAGCACAACAUCCACCUCCUGACGUUGUUCCUCCUCCUCCGACGAGGACGACCCGUUCUGGACGUCGGGUGCACUUUCCGGCGCGGUAUCUCGACGCCGACGCUCCGCUUCCGCCCGGGGGGCUGAUGUAG